CUCUCUAGUUCAUGGGUCCAGUUCGCAUUGUUAACAAAUGGAGUAGGUAUAAAAUGUUUGCUUGUAGACUUGUAGAAAAACAACAUCAAUAUCAUUAUCUACCAUUUAUAUGUAUAUUGAAUCAAGGUCAUUUAUAUAUCGGCUUUCACUUUUGAUAAAAGAAUAAUACCUUUAUCUUGAAAGUUUUAGAUUUCAUUGUCAUAAAUGCAAAAUAGCUUAAACGUUUUCAUAACAACUUUAAUUAACAAGCAAACAAAAUAUUACAUUAACGUUAUCAAUAUGUCCACCAAGCACUUGGCAGCAGGAUCUGUAGAGCCCCCAAGAACCGAAGGCAUACUAACAAUUUACUCUAUGAAAUAUUGUCCUUAUGCUCAAAGGCCGUUACUUGUUUUAAAAGCAAAAAAUAUUCCACACGAGAUUGUAAAUAUUAAUCUAACUAGAAAACCAGAUUGGUAUUUCAAAAUACAUCCUGAAGGGAAAGUACCUGCCCUUAUUGACGGAUCGAAAACCAUCAUAGAAAGUCUCGAUAUUUGCGAUUAUCUAGACGAAAAGUAUCCUGAACCUCCCUUAUAUCCUGCCGAUCCUGCAGCUAAAGAAAAAGAUAAACGAGUCAUCGAAAAAUCUUCUAGAUUAAUAAAUAUUUUUUUUAAAUGUUUAUAUUCUUUAGAUGCUACUACUCCUCAAGAAUGGGCUAAAUUGUUGUUAAUCGAAUUGCAAGAAGUAGAAAAUGAACUUGCUUCAAGAGGUUCUACUUUCUUUGGAGGUGAAAAACCCGGAAUGAUUGACUACAUGAUAUGGCCGUGGGCCGAGAGAAGUGAAAUAGUAAAUAUCAAAUACGGCGAAAAUGUUCUUAAAGAUACCGACAUACCGCUUUUACGGAAAUGGAAAGCAACUAUGCUGAAGCAACCGGUUUGCAAAGAGCUUUACAUUAAUGGAGAGCAAUUAUGGAAUUAUUUCGAACCGAAGUUAUCCAAUCAGGAACCAAACUAUGAUGACGUACAAGCCAAAAUGUAAAAAAAACAUAAACAUUUUUAAAUAAUUUCCUUCAUUAUAAUAUAUUAGAAAUGAUCCUAAAAUUAG